UGGAAACUACAGAGACUACAAGACAAGAUCAAAUUGGUUCCUAUUGAUCUUCAAGAUAGGCCAGCUUGGUAUAAGGAGAAAGUCUACCCUGAAAAUAAGGUGCCAUCAUUGGAGCACAAUGGCAAGGUUUUGGGAGAAAGUCUUGAUUUGAUCAAAUAUGUAGAUGCCAACUUUGAAGGGACACCUUUGUUUCCUGGUGAUCCUGCUAAGAAAGAGUUUGGUGAACAACUAUUAUCCCAUGUUGAUACAUUCAACAAUGACGCGUCCUCUUCAUUGAAAGGGGGUGUUGUACAGCAAGCUAGUUCUGCCUUUGAUUACUUGGAGAAUGCUCUUGGUAAAUUUGAUGAUGGGCCGUUCUUUCUUGGUCAAUUCAGUUUGGUGGAUAUUGCAUACAUUCCAUUUGUUGAAAGAUUCCAACCUGUCUCUGUUGACGUGUUCAAACAUGACAUCACCGAAGGAAGGCCAAAACUUGCAACGUGGAUUGAGGAGGUUAACAAGAUUGAUGCUUAUACAGAGACAAAAUUAGAACCCCAGGAAAUCGUUGAUAGAUUCAAGAAACGUUAUCUGUCUCAACAGUGAGCGUUGGAUUGGAUUUUUCUAAGACGACGUAGAUUAUCUUCAGUCAAAUAUCAGUUAUGUUUAUCUGCUAAAGUUGCACAUAGUUAUGUU